CUUCCCUUUUGCUGGGCAGGGGUGGGGGGAGGGGCCCGGCCGAGGCUGCAGCCGCGGCGCUCCGGGAGGGCAGGGCCAAGCAAGGGCGGGACUGGCCCAAAGCAGGCGAACUGGAGAGCCUUGAAGCUAACGGGUCCCGGCGCGGGAGGCGGCGGCGGCGGCGGCGGCGGCAGCUUUUUGCACGGGCGGAGGCGGCGGCAGGAGCGGCAGGCAUGGCCCGCGCGGCGCCCAGCGCAGACUGAGGGUCAUGUGGUGGCAACCUGGUACCUGAAGAGCCUGCCAGGGGAUUUCUGCUGGCAGGAACCGAGGGCAGGACAACCUUCCCCCAGAAGCAGGGGUGGGCAGGACAGCUGCCCUGCCGAGGCCAACAGCCCCAGGAGUCCGGAGCCUCGUGAGGGACCCCACUCAAGCUCUGAUGACCCACGUGGCUUAGGUGCAGCGCCUUGCUGCGUGGCAGCUGUUCCCAGCUCCAGAGGACCCCACAGUCGGAGUCAGUGCUUUGUGAUCCCCUGUGGGGCUACAGCUGGGGCUGCGAUCACCAGGAGAGAGGACCAGCAAUGCCGAUGGGAAGCAGAGAGAUGGAAGCUACAGAGAGGAGGGCCUUGGUUUUUACAGCAUUUUACAGAUGUCCAUAAAGAUUAUUGGUUUUCUUUCUGGCCUCAGGUGGGGCUCCUUUCCCCUGGCCAAGGAGUUGGACCAGGAGGGCCUGCAAGUGUGAAGAAGAUCCUUGCAUGGAAUGCAGGCCCCCUGAAGCCCCUGCGUUCUCUGCUGUGAUCAGAGUUCCAGGACUUCCCCACUGCAGGGGAGGAGGGACUGCCUCAGCGUCUGCUCAUGAGCCACAAGGACCCCGACUGCUCCAGACUGGACCUUUUCAAGCCGCCAAAGAGGGGGGCCCCUGGAGCUGGCAGCCAGCAGUCACAAGGGACCAAAGGGCUGGGAUGGACUGACCUCUGCCUGGACAGGGUGGCAGGCGAAGCAGAGCCCUUGUGGCCCAGCUAGUGACUGAGAGACCCAAUGAAGCCUUAAGCAGAGACUCCAGUGGCUCAGGGACGGGGGGAGGGAGGGGGGCUACUCCUGCGGACGUGCUUUUUCCUUUUUUUUUUUUUGAGGGAGGGUGUGGCAAGAGUCCCCUGCCACGCCUCUUGCCCCUAUGCCCUUUACACGUGCUGCCAAAAGAAGCAGGCUGUGCCGUGGCCGGCCCCAUAGUGGGCUGGAGGAGGAUUGGCCACGGUGACAGCUGCCCCGUGGCCAGCACGAUGAAGUGCUCCCUGCGGGUGUGGUUCCUCUCCGUGGCCUUCCUGCUGGUGUUCAUCAUGUCCCUGCUCUUCACCUACUCACACCACAGUAUGGCCACCUUGCCCUACCUGGACUCGGGGGCCCUGGGUGGCACACACCGGGUGAAGCUGGUGCCGGGCUAUACGGGACUACAGCGCCUUGGCAAGGAGGGGCUUUCGGGGAAAAGUUGUGCCUGCAGCCGCUGCAUGGGUGAUGCCGGCACCUCCGACUGGUUUGACAGCCACUUUGACAGCCACAUCUCUCCUGUCUGGACGAGAGAGAACAUGAAUCUCCCCCCGGAUGUCCAGAGGUGGUGGAUGAUGCUGCAACCCCAGUUCAAGUCACACAACACCAAUGAGGUGCUGGAGAAGCUGUUCCAGAUCGUGCCUGGCGAGAACCCCUACCGCUUCCGGGACCCCCAACAGUGCCGGCGCUGUGCUGUGGUGGGAAACUCAGGCAACCUUCGGGGCUCUGGCUACGGGCAAGAUGUGGACGGCCAUAACUUUAUCAUGAGGAUGAAUCAGGCACCAACUGUGGGCUUUGAGAAGGAUGUUGGCAGCCGAACAACCCACCAUUUCAUGUACCCCGAGAGUGCCAAGAACCUGCCUGCCAACGUCAGCUUCGUGCUGGUACCCUUCAAGGCCCUGGACCUAAUGUGGAUUGCCAGCGCCCUCUCUACAGGACAGAUUCGAUUCACCUACGCUCCAGUGAAGUCCUUCCUUCGAGUGGACAAAGAAAAGGUCCAGAUUUACAACCCAGCCUUCUUCAAGUACAUCCAUGACAGGUGGACAGAGCAUCACGGACGAUACCCUUCCACAGGAAUGCUGGUGCUCUUCUUCGCGCUGCAUGUGUGUGAUGAGGUGAACGUGUAUGGGUUCGGGGCUGACAGCCGAGGCAAUUGGCACCACUACUGGGAGAACAACCGGUAUGCCGGCGAAUUCCGGAAGACAGGCGUGCACGACGCUGACUUCGAAGCCCACAUCAUUGACAUGCUGGCCAAGGCCAGCAAGAUAGAGGUCUACCGAGGGAACUGAGCUCCCCAAGGCAACGUCAGGAUUAGUCAAGCCUUGGUCUGGCCGAGGACGGGCUGCCGCCCACCAAUCGGACCCUGCGCCGUCCCCAGCAACGAAUCAGUGCUGCUGUUGGGCGGAGCUUCUCUUUCUCAGCCAAUCAUGCGACUCAAGGAGAACUUCUGGCGCCGCCGUCUCCACCAAUCAUGGCCUUGGGAGGCGGCGGGGCCUCGACCCCCUUCCCCCACCCUGCUUUGGAUAAGGAGUUUCUUUUCCACGUUUUAGGAGGCUAGGUCCUCCGGGCCUGGGCAGGAGCACCGUGGACUGCUCUCUUCCAGUUUAGGCCCGGAUGGGUGAGUGAAGCCCGCCAAAGAAAUGUGGUCGAGGUGAGACCCUCUCCAGGGCAUUUAUUCCGUGUCUCACCAGGUAGUAGGGGAUUAGAUUCACCCCCAGUUGAGUGGACCUACCUAGGGCCUCACUCUGUAUCUAGUGUCAGCAAGGGUAGGAAGCUUCACCGGGUCACAUGCAAGGUGCUUCUCUCACGUGUACCCUCACUACUACUGUCCCCCACCAUCUUCUCAGCGCCCGCCCUUUGGCCCUGGGCUUUCUCUCCAGUUCACCUGUUGAUCUGGAGACAAAAUGACACCGCGGGGACCCAGCUGCUCGCGCCCUCGCACAAGGCUCAUUAGUCUUUAGCCUUCAGGCGAGAGCAGCAGUGGACAGCAGGCUGGAGAGCCGAGCCCAGCUGCCUGUGCAUGUACCGUUUUCUCUCAUUGUCACCCCAAAGAGGAGCAGGCAGCCUCUUGCUUGGGGGUAGGAUUUGCUUUGGGCUCAUACUUUAGUUACUUUGAAGCUGCCGGGGAUGGCUGCCCAACCAAGAUUGCUUGACAAUUCUUUGCAGAAGGGCUGGAGCUUUGCUGGGGAAGAGCGGAUUGGCGGCUGCCAUGCAUGCCUCCUGUCUGCAACUUUGCCCUGCUUACUCGCCUGUUCUAACCCACUUUCCGGCUCCUAAAGGGCUGGUGAGUAAAGAAUCGGGGUUACAGCUGGAAGCUAUUGCAGGACUCGACUCAGGGCUGAGGUUGAGUGGGUGAAUGUCUCAGGCCACAGAAAGCUCUACCCCUUCCCUGCAGUGUCCAUACAAGUAUUUCCCAUUCUUAAUAAGUUGACAUUACCAAGCAGCCUCCUGGUGGUGGGGGACAGUCACCCAGAAGGGAUAGUACCAGAGAGCUGGGAUGAGACAGCAAGUACCCCUGAAAACUAAGACAUGGAGAACUUUUCUUGAAUCUGUUCCUUCCCGGUUCCAAAAGCAGGGGUGGAGAAAAGGGGGAUAAACCCAGUGGGGCUACAGGAGGACCCUCCCAGGGCUCUACCCGUCCCGCAGUCAAGGCACCCGCCCUUCUGUUCUGUUCUUGCCGGUCUCAUCUCUGCUCUCUCAGGAAGCUGCUGGGAUGAGAAGCUGAAAAACAAUGCGAUUAUGCCAAACAGUAUUGAGAAGAAUAAUUUAUUUUCUCCCCUUCCUCCCUUUGUUUUGUUUAAACCAUUAAUCCCUAUUCUAGAAGUGGUAGGUCCCAGCACCCAGAUCUUUUCUUCUAUAGUUAUUUAAACAUUUAAAUUUUUUCCUUCCCUUUCUUUUUCUGAAUUAAAAAAGAACAAACCCCAUGGAGUGGUUCAUCUGUUUUGAACUAUACUGCCUUAGGUAUAUAAGGAGGCACUAUAAUAGCGAGGAUGUUUGGGAGAACAAAUCGAUUUUGCUACCCUCUUACACGAGUCUAGUUCAGACUCUGCUCUCUGAAAUCCCCCAAAAGACUGAAUAUUAUAGUUGCACCAGGCAUGGCGACACAUGCCUUUAAUCCCAGCAGUUGGAAGGCUGAGGCAGGAAAAUAAGUUAAAGGCUAGCCUUAGCUCUAUGUCAAGUUUGAGGCCAGCCUGGGCUACAUGAUACCUUUUUUUCAGAAACAAAACAAAAAGCAACUCACUGUACCCUCUUUAGAUUCCUCUAAAACUUGGAAAGGAUUAUUGCUUCACCUGAAAUGACAUUUCAUCAUCUCAGCACCCAUAAAGCUGUCCUUUCCCCACGGGGCGAGCCCCUCUGGAUUUCCUGCUGACUCCAAUCACACUACAUGGACCCACAUCUUGCUGCCAGUGCUUGUUAGAUGCUAAACGAAAGGAUAGUUCUCUGGGAAAACUGCUGGGCGCAUAGACCGCCUCCCUCAGCUUUGCCUUCACCAAGGGAAACAAGUGCUUAAGGAUAAACACUUAAGUAAAUUCCAGUAGGUAAUUAAAAAUCUCCUGGGGGAAAAAUGUUGGCUCUAUACCUUAAAUCACUCACUAAAAUGGGUGUCAAAUGGAUCAGAGAACUACACUUAAAAAACCCCACAGGGAGUAGGUGUCUAAUGUACUGUUACAACUUAGAUAUACCAACAGUUUUGUAGUUGAUCCUUUUUUCAUGCUUUCUGGUUCCCCUUAUUAAAAGGCAAGGCUUUUUUUUUUUUUU